CUUUUGUUUUUCCGUGGACGUACGGCUCAGAGGGCCACCAUGACCCCUGCGGUGACCCCGGAGAAGAGACCCCCACCUCCCUCCCCUGCGAGAGGCUGCUGAUUAACGGUCUGCAGGUGAGCUGUUAAACUCAGGAUGAUUGACAGCUGCUCCUUCUGAACCCCAGGAUGCCUGUGGUGCCAGUGGGCGGGGCAUCCUCCUCCCAACAUGUCGUACCUGUCGCCCUCACCUGCUCCUGGCUUCUUCUAGUCUUCCACGCCGCCUUUGGUCAGAAACCCGCCAGGCUGCCGUUAAUUGGCCGGAAGCCCUUCAUCGCUGCCUGGAACGCCCCGCUGGACAUGUGCACCAUCAAGUACAACGUCACCACCAACAUCGAUCGCCUGUUCCACUUCCACGGGAGCCCACGUGCCGACUGGACGGGUCAGAACGUCACCAUCUUCUACGCCAACCGGCUGGGCUACUACCCCCACUACACGCCGCAGGGUGUCGCUGUGCACGGCGGCCUGCCGCAGAACUGCAGCCUGGACCAGCACCUGUUCAAGGCCUACCAGGACAUCAACCACUUCAUCCCUGCAGAGGACUUCCGUGGCCUGGCCGUCAUUGACUGGGAGUUCUGGCGGCCUCAGUGGAGCCGUAACUGGCACAAGAAGGACAUCUACCGGCGCAAGUCCAAGGAGCUGACCUCCAGGGCGUACUUCAACGUGACGGAGGCGCAGGUGGAGGAGCUGGCACGACGCCGCUUUGAGAAGAGCGCCAAGGCGUUCAUGCAGAGGACUAUCCAGCUCGGGAUACGCCUACGCCCAAACACCCUGUGGGGUUUCUACCUCUACCCUGACUGCCACAAUUACAACCUUCACGAGCAGAACUACACGGGCUUCUGCCCUCUGCUGGAGAGGAUGAGGAACGACGAGCUGCUGUGGCUGUGGAACAGCAGCACGGUGCUCUACCCGUCGGUGGCCAUCAGGAAAAGUCACACCAACAGCAUCAGCAACCUGCACUUCUCCCAGCACAGAAUCCGAGAGUCGCUCCGCGUCGCCUCGCAGACCUCCAAGGAGUACGACCUCCCCACCUACGUGUACCUGAGGCUGGGCUACCGAGAUGAUCCACUGGCCUUCCUCACCGCGAAAGACUUGAUCCACACCAUCGGGGAGAGCGCUGCGCUGGGAGCUGCAGGCUUCGUCAUCUGGGGCGACCUGAACCUCACCUCAUCCAGGCACAACUGCUCCAAGGUGAAAGCCUUCCUGAAACACCGCCUGGGCCAGUACAUCACCAACGUGACGCGAGCCGCUGAGGUCUGCAGCGAGCACCUGUGCCAGGGGAACGGCCGCUGCGUCCGCCGGGACCCCCUCGCCCCCCAUUACCUCCACCUGAGCACCCGAAGCUACCGCAUCCGGCUGGCCGUCGAUGGGGGCUUUACCGUCACUGGGUGGCACUCGCAGCACGAUCUGCAGCUGCUGACCGAGAGGUUUCGCUGCCACUGCUACGAAGGCCACGAGGGCGAACGCUGCGACAGCAUCAACAAGGUGAAGGAGGACGACGAGCCGCGGAGCGUAGAGGACGACGACGAUGAGAAGAAGAGGGAGAUGUGGGAGAACGAACAGCGCGAACGGUUGGAGGGACGGGAGAGUUUGGCACCGAUGACCAGGUGCAGCCUUCAGCUGACGUUGUUGAUGCUGCUGUUGAACUUAUCAUUAGUAAAGACGACUGUAUGAUGCAGGUGUUAUUUCUCAACACAGCUGUGCUCAGACAACACAGAGACGACGAUGUGUUUGGUUCAGGAUGAAGACCGGCUGGGUAGUUGCUGGAGUUGAACCCAGGAUCACUGAUUACUGUUUCACCCUCUUUUAAAGACUUACCAAAUGGAUAUUUUUUUACUGUCUCUGAAUCUAAUGAUAGGUUUUUCUUUUGGGGGGGGUUUGCUAUUUUUUUAUUCCAGACCGCUGACUCACAGCCAACAUCUCAGAUUAGCUCAGUGAUUCAAAUCAGUCGCGUGUUGUUGUCACUGACGACUGUUUCGCUGCCUGGAUGAGAUGUUCGCAGCUGCACAGGUAGCAGAGAGAUGAUUUCAUGUGACACACAGAACACAGCUAACAUGGAUGCAAUGCAACAAAUCAAAUUUAAUUCAGGCAGAAUAUCAAACUAUAAUCAUCAAGUAAUGUCAGAACCCAAAGUCAUUCUUCAAACUGCUUAUUUACUCUGAUGGUCUGACAAGAGGGCUUAUUACACUGCAUGUCCUCAGCCCUCUGCUAACAGGCUGACAAUGCUAACAUGCUAAUAUUAAGCUGUUAUGUUUAUACCAUGUUCAGUUUAGCAUGUUAAAAUGCUGACAACUGUAACUAAUGACGUGAGUUUUGCAGGUAGAACCAAAAUAUUCAACAAAUUUGGGAUUCUGAUCUGAUGACGGUGCCGACAUGAAAGUCAGGUGAUAUGAAAUGAUCCAGAGCAGCACGAGGGAAGCCAGCAGAACACCAGUCGGGUUCAUCCUCUGGAAAACAUGAAUGUCUCUCGAAGUGCAGAAGGAAAGAGGAACUUCAUCUGAUCGACGCGUGAACGCUCAGCUGAGGUCG